UAAAUGAUUUAACAUCAAGUAUUGAAAGAUUACUAAAUAAUGAUUCCAAAAAUAAAAUUGAGAAUAUCGAUUAUAGUAAUCAUUAUAAUCAAAUUGAAAAUGCUAAAGAUACUGAUUUCGAAGAUCUUAAUUAUGCUAAUUAUAAUGAAAUCAAAGAUCUUAAUUAUAAUAAUGCUAAUUAUAAUAAAAUCGAAGAUCUUAAUUAUGAUAAUGCUGAUUAUAAUAAAAUAGAAGAUAUUAGUUAUAAUGAAACUGAAGAUGCUAAUUAUAGUGAUCUUGAAGGUAUUAAUUAUUUUAAUCUUAAAGAUACUAGUUAUAAAAAUUUUAAAGAUACUAAUUAUAAUAAUAUUAAAGAUAUUGAUCUUAUAGAUACUAAUCAUAUUGAAAUUAAUGAAAUUUAUUCAAUAAUGGAAAGCUUAAGAGUAAAUGAAAUUCAGCAUAUAGUUUUUCCUAUAGAAUAUCCACCUAUAUCAUCUGAAGAUAUUGUUAUUUGUUACAAUAUAGAAAAUUGGGAAUCAUAUGAUGCAGAAUUUGAAAAUAUGCAAUAUAUGACUGGAAAACCAAUGGGUAGUGGAGAAAAGCUAAUUUGGUGUCCUUAUUUAAAUU